GGCAAGAUGUCCAGGAAGACAAUAUCAGUGAACUAGUCUGGUACUAGUCAGUAAAACUAGCCAACUGAUGUUGCCAUUGAGCUUUACCACUACCGCCAGCAGGGGGCGUAAAGAGUCCGUUCAAUCCCAGGACCCAUCGUGAGCAUCGUCGACGCUGGUCACGUGACUGACAGAGCCUCUCAUCUCCUACAGUCAUGGCGGAGUCAGGGAGUCGAGGAGAUGGAGUAAACACCACCGCCGCUGGCUCCAGCUCCUGAUUCUUUUGUUGUUGUUUUUAAUCCAUGCUGGACGGUACCUGGUGUCGGCUGCCACUUCGCUAACACCCGGCGACAUCCCGCUGCUGUGCUUCCAGCCAUGGCCGACCGCGGCGUUGAUGUGUCGGCUCUAUGUAAAGAGGUCAGGGACCAGCUGGCGGAGUUGGACCUGGAGCUCUCCGAGGGUGAUAUUACACAGAAGGGCUACGAGAAGAAGAGGGCUAAACUUCUGGCUCCGUACAUCGUCCAGUCUCCAGUUGAACCCCCGCCUCAGAAUAAUGUGCAGCCUCCACCGGCCAACUCCUCCUCCUCCUCCUCUUCCUCCUCCAGACAUGCACCUGCACAGUCCAGCUCAUCCCGGUACAGAGAACGACGCUCACGCAGAGCACACCGAGGAGGAGGGACCAGAGAUGACCGUUACAGAUCAGAUGUCCACACUGAGGCCGUACAGGCCGCCCUGGCCAAACACAAGGAGGAGAAGAUGGCGCUGCCCAUGCCCACCAAGAGGCGCUCCACCUACGUCCAGUCUCCUAUUCAAACCCGUACACCUCCAGACUCCUCAUCGGGCUCUGAAGACGAGACAUCUGCACGCAGACAGUCUUCGGUGGUCGCUCCACAGUCUUUGGUCAGUCCCACCCUGCAGAGCCCGGACUCUGGCAACAGCCGCUCCACCCAGGGCUCCUCCACCUCCUCGUCGGCCUCUUCUACCCUGUCCCACGGAGACACUAAACCUCAGCCUCAGAGCCAACCUCACGCUGCAGCUGUGACUGACAUGUUGGCGCAAGGUCGCAUCGAAAACAACGUCCCGCCCCCAGACGUCACAGCCGUGGCCCAUGCAGCCAGAGGGCCCCGGGUCGACCUGCCGUCUACCGCCGUGGUCCGGGGUAUGACCCGCGGGCAGAGCCGCUCGAGCAUGAUUGAGACAGCAGACGGAGUUCCUGUGAGCAGCAGAGUGUCCACUAAGAUCCAGCAGCUUCUCAUGACCCUGAAGAGGCCGAAGAGGCCGCCGCUCAGCGAGUUCUUCACUGACGACUCAGAAGAGAUCGUGGAAGUCCCUCGUCCAGACCCAAACAUGCCCAAACCAGAGGGACGUCAGAUCAUUCCAGUCAAAGGAGAGCCUCUGGGAGUGGUCAGUAACUGGCCCCCAGCCUUACAGGCCGCCCUCGCCCGUUGGGGGGCCACUCAUGGAAAGAGCCACCCCCCCACAGCACUCGAAGGCCGACCGCUCUAUACGCUGACCUACGGGAAGCUGUGGAGUCGCAGUGUGAAGUUGGCGUACACCCUCCUGAACAAGCUGGGAGCUAAGAACGAGCAAAUCCUCAAACCUGGAGACAGAGUGGCCCUGGUUUAUCCCAACAGCGACCCUGGGAUGUUCUGGGUGGCUUUCUACGGCUGCCUCCUGGCUGAAGUCAUUCCUGUUCCUAUUGAGGUGCCACUGUCUCGAAAGGAUGCAGGUAUCAGCCAGGUGGGCUUCCUGCUCGGUAGCUGUGGUGUCGCUCUGGCUCUGACCAGUGAGAUCUGUUUGAAGGGUCUCCCCAAGACUCCCACGGGGGAAAUACUGCAAUUCAAAGGCUGGCCUCGGAUGAAGUGGGUCGUGACGGACUCCAAGUACCUGACCAAACCCUCUAAGGACUGGCAGCCUCACGUCCCCACUGCCAACACGGAGCCUGCGUAUAUUGAGUACAAGGCCAGUAAGGAGGGCACGGUGGUGGGUGUGGCUGUGUCUAAAGUGGCCAUGUUGACCCACUGUCAGGCCCUGACUCAGGCCUGCAACUACUGUGAAGGGGAAACGUUGGUGAACGUUCUGGACUUUAAGAAGGACAUGGGUUUAUGGCACGGUGUUCUCACGGCUGUGAUGAACAGGAUACACACCAUCAGUGUUCCCUAUGCAGUGAUGAAGGCGUGUCCUCUCUCCUGGGUUCAGAGAGUUCACAUCCACAAAGCUCGUGCAGCUUUGGUGAAGUGUCGCGAUCUGCACUGGGCCAUGAUGGCUCAUCGGGACCAGAGAGACACCAGCCUGGCGUCCUUGCGUAUGCUCAUUGUGGCUGACGGUGCUAAUCCCUGGUCAGUGUCUUCCUGCGAUGCCUUCCUGAACGUGUUUCAGUCCCACGGACUGAAGCCUGAGGUCAUCUGUCCCUGUGCUACCUCACCUGAGGCCAUGACAGUAGCUAUACGGAGACCUGGCGUACCAGGUGCACCUCUCCCCGCCCGUGCCAUUCUAUCUAUGGGAGGCCUGAGCUACGGUGUGAUCAGGGUGAACACGGAGGACAAGAACUCCGCCCUGACUGUACAAGAUGUGGGUCAUGUGAUGCCUGGAGCUCUGAUGUGCAUCGUUAGGCCUGACGGGCCUCCUCAGCUGUGUAAAACUGAUGAGAUAGGAGAGAUCGUCAUCAACUCUCGGGCUGGAGGCAACAUGUACUACGGCCUACCUGGACUCACCAAAAACACCUUUGAGGUGAUUCCGGUGAAUUCUAAUGGAGUUCCCAUUGGAGAGAUUCCAUUUGUGCGCUCAGGCCUCCUGGGCUUUGUUGGUCCAGGCAGUCUGGUCUUCGUGGUGGGUAAGAUCGAGGGUCUCCUGAUGGUGAGCGGACGCAGGCACAAUGCGGACGACUUAGUGGCCACCGCUCUUGCUGUGGAGCCGGUCAAGACUGUUUACCGUGGAAGGAUUGCCGUUUUUUCGGUGACUGUGUUUUACGACGAGAGGGUUGUUAUUGUGGCGGAGCAGAGGCCAGACGCCGGCGAGGAGGACAGCUUCCAGUGGAUGAGUCGAGUGCUACAAGCCAUUGAUAGCAUCCACCAGGUCGGCCUCUACUGUCUGGCUCUGGUACCAGCCAACACUUUACCCAAAACUCCCCUCGGUGGCAUCCACAUCUCUGACACCAAGCACUUCUUCUUAGACGGCAGUCUGCACCCUUGCAACAUCCUCAUGUGUCCUCACACGUGUGUCACUAACUUACCCAAACCUCGGCAGAAACAGCCAGUUGGCGUGGGUCCUGCGUCCGUCUUGGUGGGCAACCUGGUGGCAGGGAAGAGGAUUGCUCAGGCUGCAGGCAGGGAGCUCGGCAUGAUCGAAGACCAGGAUCUCAUCCGGAAGCAUCAGUAUUUGACGGAGGCUCUACAGUGGAGGGCACAGACAGACCCAGACCACGUCCUCUUCGUUCUCCUCAAUGCAAAGGGCGUGGCGACGAGCACGGCGUCCUGCGUCCAGCUCCAUAAGCGAGCCGAGAAGAUCGCUGCAGCUCUGACCGAAAAGGGAAGCAUCAACACGGGAGAGAACGUGGUGCUGCUCUAUCCUCCUGGCAUUGAUUUAAUAGCUGCCUUCUACGGCUGUCUCUACGCUGGAUGUGUUCCUGUGAAUGUCAGACCUCCACACCCUCAGAACUUGGCAGCCACCCUGCCAACUGUCCGCAUGAUUAUUGAUGUCAGUAAAGCGGCAUGUAUUCUCACCACACAAAACCUCAUGAGGAUCCUUCGUUCCAAGGAGGCUGCUGCCUCCGUCAACAUAAAAACCUGGCCAACGAUCAUCGACACAGACGACCUUCCUCGCCGUCGACCUCCGCACAUCUAUAAGCCGCCCACCGCAGAGAUGAUCGCCUACAUAGACUUCAGUGUGUCCACCACAGGAAUGCUCACAGGAGUCAAGCUCUCCCAUGCUGCCGUCAGUGCACUCUGUCGCUCCAUAAAACUGCAGUGUGAACUGUACUCUUCUCGCCAAAUAGCCAUCUGCCUGGAUCCUUACUGUGGUCUGGGCUUUGUUUUAUGGUGCCUUGCAAGUGUUUACUCAGGUCACCAGUCCGUCCUCAUCCCUCCCUUUGAGUUGGAGAGCUGCCUGUCACUGUGGCUGAGCACGCUCACUCAGUACCGCAUCAGGGACACGUUCUGCUCCUACUCUGUCAUGGAGCUCUGUACUAAAGGACUGGGCACUCAGACUGACAUGCUCAAGGCUCGUGGUGUGAACCUGUCGUGCGUGCGCAGCUGUGUGGUGUUAGCGGAGGAACGCCCCCGUCUGUCGCUCGCACACUCCUUUUCCAAGUUGUUCAAGGACGUUGGUCUGUCGCCCAGAGCCGUCAGCACUGCUUUUGGAUCCAGAGUGAAUAUGGCCAUCUGCCUGCAGGGAACUACAGGUCCUGACCCGUGUACAGUCUACGUGGACAUGAAAUCUCUCCGUCAUGACAGAGUCAGGCUGGUGGAGAGAGGAGCUCCACAAAGUCUUCCUCUAAUGGAGUCCGGCAAGAUUCUCCCUGGUGUCCGGGUGAUUAUUGUCAACCCAGAGACCCGUGGGCCGCUCGGUGAUUCUCAUCUAGGAGAGAUCUGGGUGAACAGUCCUCACACUGCCAGCGGUUAUUACACCAUUUACGGAGAGGAGAGUCUUCAGGCAGAUCACUUCAACACUAAGCUCAGCUUUGGAGAUCCUGAGACUUUGUGGGCCAGAACAGGAUUUUUAGGAUUUGUGAAGAGGACUGAGCUGUUGGAUGCCAGUGGAGAUCGUCACGACGCCCUCUUUGUGGUGGGGUCACUGGAUGAGACGCUGGAGCUACGAGGGCUUCGUUACCAUCCCAUUGACAUUGAAACCUCGGUGUCCCGGGCCCACCGCAGUAUUGCAGAGAGUGCUGUGUUUACAUGGACCAACCUGUUGGUGGUGGUGUCGGAGCUGGGUGGCUCAGAGCAGGAUGCACUUGACCUGGUGCCUCUGAUAACCAAUGUGGUACUGGAGGAGCACCACCUCAUCGUGGGUGUGGUGGUCAUCGUGGACCCUGGCGUUAUACCCAUCAACUCCAGGGGAGAGAAGCAACGCAUGCACCUGCGGGACUCGUUUCUGGCCGAUCAGCUGGACCCUAUCUAUGUUGCUUACAACAUGUGAUGCGUCGGUGUUCGGCGUUCACCGUCCACAGUGACAUGAGACCCGUGCACUCUCAUCCGAACAUGUGACUCCUGGCUUGGCAGAUAACGGGAGAAAAAAAAAAAGCAUGGACACUGCCUCCCAGCUCUGCGUGACGCCGGCUCAUCUGGUAACUGCAUGUCUGUGACUGGAUCAGCCGUGUCUGGAAAUGUUCACUGUGUUUUAUAGAUAGAAUUUUGAAAAUGCCAUUAAAGCAACAGGAAGUGCAAUGGCUCAAAAUGAACAUCCUGUUGCUCUUCUGGGGGAAGUGAAGGGGUUAAAUAACACGUGGACCAGGACCACUUUAAUAAAGAACUUAAUAAUGUCUGUGAAAAUCUAUCCUAAUCUGUACUCACCGCAAACCACUCUCUCCUUCGUGUUUACAGAGAUUUCAAGAGCUACUAGAAUAGACUGAAUAUAAAAAAAAUAUUUUUUACAUGCAAUUUCCAAACAAAUGCACAUAAAGCAGGUGCAGAGCCCUGGUUAUUUUUACUUAUGUUUAGAAAUUAAAGAGGGCGCCAAUCCAUAGAAAAAGGCUGCAUAUUUCUGAAUCAAUCAGCUACGCUAUUCCAUAAUGACGAAGCCAAAUAUGUUCCUUCUCUAAUGCAUUAUCUUUCCUGCCUUAUAAAAACUUCAGUCAUAUAUUCCUGUGGCUGUUUGUUCUCCUUUCGACUAGUGGAGAAAUUCCUGACAGAUUUCCAAAGGGAUCAAGUAAAAAAGAAAAAGAAACAGGUUCUAUUGUGUACUGUAUCUAAAGACCGCCUUGUAUUUUAGAUACUGUAUUUUACUAUACAGAUAUUUUUAUUUGUAUACAUGUAUAAAAGCCUACUUUAUUUCUCUCAGUUGGUGGCGUGUUCAGGGCAGUUAACACUGAGGUGUGGUAACUGUAGCAGAAACAAAUUUGUAAAUAGGAUUUGUUAGAUUUGACGGUGCUCUGAAAGAGUGAUUCCUUGUACAGUUGAGGUUCAGAUCAAUAAUGUUAACAACGACAGUCAGGUUCGAUAUAACAUUGCACUUUCCCCCAAAAAUGUGUCUAUUUUGUUAUAACAAUGAGGUAUUAAACUGAAUGGUUCAGGAACAGUUGAUAAUCUGACGUAGGUACUUUGCAUGUAGGACAGUUAACCAGGAGGGCUACGGCUGUUUGUGCCAGAGCUUAAUCAAAUAUUCAUCUAUUUUAUAAAUCAUGAAAAUUUAUGCCCAUCGCUGUUUUUUAAUGUCAUUGCGAUUCAACAUCUCACUGAUAUUCACGGCCCUCCUAGUUUUAUAGCGUAUCACAGAUCAGGUGUUGGAGGGUUUGGCCGUUUGUGCCAACCGUUUGAUGUUUGUGGAAAAUCUUUGUAAAAUCUUCCUUUGAAUACCAACAGUGUCGUUGGUCCUGCGAGACUGUGGAGAAAAGUAUUCACGUAUUGUAGUUGUUUUGUUCGAUCAGUCACUGGAUUUCACGGCAUUUGUUAAAUGCAGUCGCGGAGCUGAGCCAAACCUGAAACAUCUGUAAUCGGCAAAACAAUAACUGUUUAAUAUGACAAUGGGUGAAUUAUUGCAUCAGAAAUGUUUGCGAUGUGUGUUGUGUCAUGCAAUCGUGUGCUGUUCUGACACAUUUUGCUAUAACUGUAGAUGUUGUUUGUCCAGUGAUGAACUUUGAUGUCACCAUGUAAAUAUUUGAUCGAUAUUUUCUGGCACUUGCCAUUGUUCAUUUAAUGAUCCAUUGAAUUACUGCACUUUGCACUGACGGUACUUGCAUUGGGUUGACACCAUACCAUGUGAACUCCAGACUUAAGUGGUUGAUUCAAUCCCCCUCCACCCCCUCCCCGAUCCCCAUUUGAUGUGUUCAAAUAUAACAAUGCUAAAAAAAAUAUGAUGCUUAACAUUUGAGUUUUAAUUCUACCGAGAAAUACUAACAGCACUUGAUCUUAGCUUUAACAUUACAUCAUACUUGUGCAGCGGAAUGUUUGCAUGACUCGGCAAAGCACAAGAAGAAAUUGGCUUGAGUUGCAUUUCAUUCAGAUGCACAAGUGGGAGAAAUAUUGUAUAUUUAUGUUUUUGUGUGUGUGUGAAAAAUGUAUAUUCAGGGAACACGACUCCUAACACAGGGAUAAACCAGCUGGUCCCCUAGUGCAGUCUGUGAAUGCUAAUUAAACAUUAUGGACAUUUGUCAUAUUUCCUGUCCAUAGGUGGCAGCACUUGCAAAUGUAAAAAAAAAAAAAAAAGAAGAGCAUUGACUGACGGACACUGUCUACCACCUUGGCUGGAAGUCUGCAGUGGCUUCCAUUGGUUUGCAGUGGCUUCCAUUGGUUUUUCUUCAUGACAGACCUUACACACUAUGCAAUCCCAAAGACGGUGCAAGUCCAAACUUGUACACUCUGGUGAAAUAUACCUGCUUUUACAUUUUAUAAUGACAAUAAUGACUGAUACAGUUUAAACUGUCGAAUUCUUUAGAGCCCAGUCCUCUCUCUUCGGUUGUUUUAUUAUAUGCACUAUUAUCGUGUUGUAUAUUCAGUAGAUACUAACCUGUAUCAUUUGGGUGUGUCCACUAAUGACUCUGUAAUACUACACUUGUUUUCACUUCCUUUAGUUACACACAUAAUGACACAUCCUCUUUUACCAUCAGACUUUGUCUUAUUUUCUAUUUCAGACUGUGGUGUUUCGUUUUUAUAAUAAAUGUCAAAGUAAUAUAGAAUAAACAGAACAUUUAACCGUUA